UUUUGAUGACGUAAAGUCCGGUAAUAAGCGCUUCUGAGCAUGGCUGUACUAUUAGAAACAACUUUAGGGGAUAUCGUCCUUGAUCUGUACACAGAAGAAAGGCCCAGGGCUUCCUUAAACUUCUUGAAAUUAUGCAGAAUCAAAUAUUACAACUACUGCCUCUUUCACAAUGUACAGAGGGAUUUCAUCGUCCAGACUGGAGAUCCAACUGGCACAGGCCGUGGGGGUGACUCGGUUUUCAGUAAGCUGUACGGGGACCAGGCCCGGUUUUUCGAGAUGGAGAAGGCUCCCCGGAUCAAACACAGGAAGAAGGGGACAGUUUCCAUGGUGAACAACGGUAGCGAGCAGCAUGGCUCUCAGUUCCUUAUUACCACUGGGGAGAACCUGGACUACCUGGAUGGAGUGCACACGGUGUUUGGAGAAGUGACAGAAGGUAUGGAUGUGCUGAUGAAGAUCAAUGAAGCCUUUGUCGAUAAAGACUUCAUCCCUUACCAGGACAUCAGAAUAAACCACACGGUGAUUCUGGAUGAUCCCUUCGACGAUCCCCCUGGUCUGCCAAUUCCCGAUCGCUCCCCCGAACCAACCAAGGAGCAGCUGGAUAGCGGUAGAAUUGGAGCAGAUGAAGACAUCGACGAUGGCCAGGGAAAGUGUGCAGAGGAACUGGACGAGCAGCUCAAAGAGAAGGAGGCUAAAACCCAGGCCAUCCUUCUGGAGAUGGUGGGCGACCUGCCUGAUGCUGAAAUUAAACCACCUGAAAACGUCCUGUUUGUGUGUAAACUCAACCCAGUGACGACGGAUGAAGAUCUUGAAAUCAUAUUCUCUCGCUUUGGAUCCAUCAAGAGUUGUGAGAUUAUUAAGGACUGGAAAACGGGAGAAUCGCUGUGCUAUGCGUUCAUUGAAUUCGAAAAGGAAGAAGACUGUGAGAAGGCCUUUUUUAAGAUGGACAAUGUGCUGAUUGACGAUCGGAGAAUCCAUGUGGAUUUUAGCCAGUCUGUUGCAAAGAUUAAAUGGAAAGGAAAAGGUGGGAAGUACACUAAAGAUGAUUUCAAGGCUUAUGAGAAAGAUCUUGACAGCCGUUCCAAACUGGCGUUGAAAGACAAAGUAAAACCCAGACAAGACUCCAGGUAUGAACUCCUUCUGGGCGACGAGGAAGAAGAGCCAGCAGCAAGCCAUCAGCAUUCUGGGAAAAAGCACAAAGAGAAGAGGCACCACUACUCUGAUGAGGAGGAUAGCAGGAAGUCAAAGAAGGCAAAGGACAGCACGGAGGACCCGCACAGAGAGCGGGGGAGGGGCGGGAGGAAGGCCGACAGGCAGCGCUCCCACUCCCGAUCCCGAUCCCGCUCCCGCUCCCGGUCCCCGGACAGGGAGAGGCACAGAGACCGGCACCACAAGCAGGGCAAGGCCAGGGAGAAGCACCGGCAGGAGGACAGGGACCGCAGGGAUCGCAGCAGGAGCCCCAGGAAGUCCCGAGACAAGGACCGCAGCCGCCACAGAUGAGGAGCGCGGUGCCCAGAACACCCCUCUCUCGCCUUCUGUUCUUUUCAUCGUCGUCUUUUUUUGUGAGCUUUUUUUCCUCCCAGUACUGUGAGGGGGUCGGCACUAAGUCAGGCCAGCGGCUUCUGCGGCCCUUCGGGGUUCACCUGGAGCCUUCAGCAGGUGCGUCUCCAGCUUCUUUUAUUUUUCCCCCGGGUGUGACGAAGUAGAGCACACUUCCCGUUCGGUGAUAUCCCUUCCUCGAACAUCAUCUGCCAAACUUCAUGGUGCGAUUUGUACUCUAAUUUCAAUUACCAUUCUCUUAUAACAGUACUGGCAAGCUCUGUAUGUUUGUUUUCAGUUUUAAUUUUUUGUUUUCUACAAUUGUGAAUUAAAAUAAUUGCCUUUUGU